AUAAAUCUCUCCUAGCAUAAGGAAUCGUGAAAUCUAGUUGCGAAUUACUCUCUAAUUUUACUUGGUAAAAUUUACACAUUUAUAUUCUUUUCUGUCACAGAAAGUUAUACUAUAAAUGGCGUUAUCAAAGGCUACUUUCAAAAAUGUAAUAUUUUUCAUAGUUUUAUUAGAGAUUUUACUCCAAAGAACGCAAGGUAAAGAGUGUGUACGUUUUCUAUCAUUUAAUUAAUUAGCUUUCAUCUCGAAAUUGUAUUCAAGAUUUUGAAAAAACAAAAAAAAAUCUUAAUGUGUUUACAUAUGCCAACCAAACACUUUCAUCGUCAUUUAAACAUUAAUUGAUACAUAAGGUUCCAACAGAUUCAACAGAUCAACUGACUGAAUAUUUAAUGUUGUGUUUCCUAUUGUUUACAAUUCAGGACAGUCGAGUUGUGCUGGUAAAACAGAACGAUUUAUCAACGGCACAUGCUACACAUUUUAUGAUGAAUUUGUCACUUGGCAACAAGCAAAGGUAAUUGUAACCGAUAGUAACACGUUUAACUACAAUAAGAACUGAUAGUAACAAGUUUGACUACAAUUGGAACUUAUUGUAACAAGUUUGACUACAAUUGUAACUGAUAGUAACAAGUUUAACAACAAUUGGAACUGAUAGUAACAAGUUUGACUACAAUUGGAACUGAUUGUAACAAGUUUGACUACAAUUGUAACUGAUAUUAACAAGUUUAACUACAAUUGGAACUGAUAGUAACAAGUUUAAAUACAGUUGGUACUGAUAGUAACAAGUUUGACUACAGUUGCAACUGAUAGUAACACGUUAAACAACAAUUGUAACUGUUAGUAACAAGUUUAACUACAAUUGGAACUGAUAGUAACAAGUUUAACUACAGUUGGAACUGAUAGUAACACGUUUAACUACAAUUGUAACUGAUAGUAACAAGUUUAACUAUAAUUGGAACUGAUAGUAACAAGUUUAACUACAAUUGGAACUGAUAGUAACAAGUUUAACUACAAUUCUUCUUCUUCUUUCUUCUUUAUUUUAAGGGCCCACGAUCAAUGAAUUGAUCAUUCUGGCUCCUAUGUUUCAGAGAGGUUUGCGAUGUUACUGUCCAUGGGUUUCAAUGGGAUACUUCACUGGUUGCAAGGGCGACUCAGCAGUGGUGUUAUGAACUGGGGGUUGGAAUACAGGAGGCAAUAGACACAAAUGUAUCGAGUGUAACUGUUAGUAACAAGUUUAACUACAAUUGGAACUGAUAGUAACAAGUUUGACGUCAAUUGUAACUGAUAGUAACACGUUUAACUGCAAUUGGAACUGAUUGUAACAAGUUUGACGUCAAUUGGAACUGAUAGUAACAAGUUUAACUAAAAUUGGAACGGAUAGUAACAAGUUUAACUACAAUUGGAACUGAUAGUAACAAGUUUAACUAUAGUUGGAACUGAUAGUAACAAGUUUAACUACAUUUGGAACUGAUAGUAACACGUUUGACUACAAUUGGAACUGAUAGUUACAAGUUUAACUACAAUUGGAACUGAUAGUAACACGUUUGACUACAAUUGGAACUGAUAGUAACAAGUUUAACUACAAUUUUCAAUUGUGUUUGCAUAAUGAGAGAAGAUAUUUUAUGCAUUACAAAUGCAUUAAAAUAAUAGAAUUUGAAACCAUUGUUUCCUACAUACUUGGAUUAACAGCACACUACUCUCUCUUGAAUCAAAUAAAUAGUUAUAAAACCGUUAAUUUUAAGACUGUGUGUGUGGUGGGGGGUGGGAAUUAUUUAUAAAACGGUGUAUAGGAGACACUUAUCUUCUCCGCUCAGUGAUGGCGCAUUUUUGCUCUGGUUAGUGCAGUUAAUAUAUCGUGAAAACAUUAAUUUGAAAAUAAGUAGUAAUUAAAAUAAUUCAACGACAGUGAAUAUUCAUCUUUUAUUCUUAUUUAAAUGUUAUACAUGCAUUUCAUAUCGAAUAAAUAAAACUGAUAUUACUUUUAUCCUAAUUCGUAUAUUAAAAUGUGUAUUCAAGGAUGUUCAUUGAGACUUGUUAAUAAUAAUUUAAAAAAAAAACAAAAAAAAACAAAAAAACAUUGACUUGAUUAAACAAUAACGUUUGCUUUUAAUACAAAAUUCUUCACACCAAUCGGCAAUACAAAAAUGUAAAAUACUAUCAAUGAAAUGUGCAAAUAUUUAAAGAAGAUCAAUUUUACUUCCUCAAUCAAACCACUGCACAAGCUUUUUAUUAUUGAGUCUAAUGAUUUUUUUUGUUUUUUUGGUACUUUUAAAAUAUGUGUAUACAUAAAACACGAACAUUUUACGACUAUGAAAACGUACAAUUUUAAUUAUACUGUAUUAAGAACCUAAAAUUAUAAACUUUUAUUUAAAAAAACAACAACACAUACACACAAAAGAAACAUUUUAUUAACGUUUGCAAUUUUGAAUAUAGUUGUUUAUUUUUAAAAAAAUUGUCACUGUUUCAUGUUUUCACAAAAAAAAUAAAAUAAUGUAAGCCAUUAAUUGCUUUGUGGUCGUCAGAUUAGGUGUGAGGAGAGAGGCAAAGUCUUGUCUUCAGUUGAUUCCAAGAUGCAGAUUAAAGAAAUGGUCACUGGACAACGUAUCAGAACGCAAGGUGCUUAUUCAAUUAGCCAUUUUCAUUCUUUCUUUUCGGCUUCUUUUGAUGAAUUAUCUUUAACAAUUGAGAAUCGAUAAACACAUUUAAAAAAAAAUCAAUAUGAAUAAGUUUAUUUAUUACAUCCGUCACAAUGCAAAUAUAAUGCAGACGCCACGUCAUGCUAAGGAACAUAGUUUGUGUAAACAUGUUUUUGAAAAACAUCUAUUUUAUAGUUUACAAUUUAUAACAUUUAUUAUUUAGAGAUGGUUUAUAUUAUUGGUUUGUUUUAAAGGAGUAGAACUAGAGAUCGAUAUGCUUUCAAUCAAGUUACAAUCACAGAAGAAGCUUAUAAUUAAUGUUCCACUUGUAGAAACAUUAUAUAAAAAAUAGAACCACCAAUAUCAAGUAAAUUUAUUCCGUAGGUAAUAAAUUGUGACUUUGGGACAUUUCGCAAUAUUCAUAAAAUGUCCCCACAUGUUGAGUGGCGUAGUUUGAAUAAAUGCCGUAUGCUGCUAAUAAAAAAAUGUGUACAUCUCCCUUUCCAACUCAAAACUACCUUGUAAAGUUUGUAAUAAACUGUACUAAAGAAAUCCGCAUAGCAGUAAAGCCGAUGGUAAGCCAAAUCACAAUCUAAACUAGGUAACUAGGUAAACUAGGUAACAUAUCUAAUCGUAAAGUUCAACACCCCCCCCCCCNCCCCCCCCCCCCCCCCGACUUUAUAUCACGCAAAGAACUGUACAAUUUGCAUAUAUUACAGCCUUAAACUGCUAAUCUUUUGUUUAAAAUUUUUAUUUCCAAUAGUUUUUGCACGCACAAGGCUCUGCAAAAAAGUAAUAAAACAAUUCAUGCACAAAGAAAACUUACCAGUGUUGAACCUUGAAUAAAUCUCACCAGGGGCGAACUCCCGUAUUUGUAUCUUGAACUCUCAUAAUAUCUUUAAUAGUUUUUUUUUCUUCUAAAUGUAUCUUUAAAAGCGCUAAGAGCCUCGUUUCCCAAACCAUUGCACAUACGCCAGUACUUGGUUACAGCAACGUAGACUAUACAAAUCAGAGUCAUGUUGAUUUUUUUCUUUCUCUCUUAAUUUCAAACAAUGUUUUCAAACAUUUUAUCUUUUAUACCUAAAAUGUGUGAACCAUUAAAAAUUUGAAUAUUAAUUGAAAUGCAAACUAAACUAAUGCUAAUAUAACUUAAGAGUAUCGAAACUAAAUACAAAUGAAUAGUAUAAAAUGCUAUUAAGAUGUAUCUUAAGUUAACAUCCACACAUAGUCUGAAUCGUCUUGAUUGUCGUACCGCUCAUGAUUGAACACUUAACACAAAAAGAAACACAUGACGAUGAAAGAAAAUAAAAAGCUAUUAUGCAUUAACCUUAGCUUAAAAUAACAAUAAUAAAUUUAAAGAAAAAACAAACAAAAAAUCUAUUGUAACAGAAAUUCUUUAACAAACAAAUACGAUCAGACUUUAUUCAUAAAUCUAUUUAAAUCUGUAUUUUGAUCUGUUUUUCCGAAAAGUUUUUUUCUAAAAAUUUUAUUCCGAGGCGGUUAUGCCAUUUAUGAAACUAAAUAUGUUCGAUAUUUGGAUUCGUUUUUUUUUUGGGACACAUUAUAUUUUAUGUUUUCAUUGUUCUGUUCCUUAUCAAUUGAUCAUUCUUCUGAAAUUGUUUGCUUGCGGGCGAGUUGGUUUUUUUCCCACUUCCAUUAAAUUUUUUUUUAAUUAUAUGUGUACACGUGAACGCGUUCCAUAAUCUCUAGUGUGGAUUGGUGCCAGCGACAUUGCGAAAGAAGGAACAUUCGUGUGGGUGCACAAUAAUAAAACAGCCGUAGAGCUGUUGAGCAUCUGGAAUCAGAAUGAGCCAAACGACUUUGGAUCUAACGAGGACUGCGUCGUAAUCAUCAACACGGAGACCAAUGACGCCCCUUGCUACUUUAAUUUCACAUAUUUCUGCAUGGAAACACCAAAGACAGGUAAAAACCAUGUUAUACAAUAUUUAAAAAAAAAAAAUGACAUUGCCAAGAAAUAUUGAUUGAAUUAUUUUGCGUAUUGUAUUUGACACAUGAUGUAUAUAGUAUAUAUACGCGAGUAGAUCAAAUGCUUAGUCAUGGGUUGUAAUAGUGUCAUCGCGUGGUCCAUGCUCACCUUGCGGCUGAAUUGAAUAUUUUGUUUAUUAAAUAUUUAUAUAGCGCUUGUAUCCAUGCUACUUUAGCUGCACAGGACUAAUUAAGGGGCCCAACUUGGUGAAUUUGAAACAAGAAUCAUGGAUUAACUAGAUAUUUAAAAAUAUUUUUGCGAUCCUACAAUUUAAGACGUAUAAUUUUAGACCACAAGCUGUCUGAACGGUCGAUUGUCCUGUGAUUAAUACAUUUUACAUUUGUUGAGUCUCUGGUAUACCUUGAAAAUACUUAGUAUCGAAAAACAAGGUAAACAUGUAUUUAAAAAUGACUUGUUACGUCCUUAAUUUGAGUUUCAAGUUUCGUAGUUUUAUUGUAAUAACAAUCAUGUAGGACUGAGGCUGGACACUCAGAAUAAUACAGUGAAACCUCUCAUAACGAGUAAUUCGCAUAACGAGCAAAAACAUGUGAAGAAGUUGCUCCCAUAACGAGCGAUAUUUUGCAUAACGAGUUAUGCAGAAAAUGGAAAGUCCCUUUUUUCCAAGUGUAUUGUUUUCAUGUGUGAUCAUUUAUUUUUUUUUACAAAUUUUGUAUUCAGACAGUAUUCGUAAUUUUUUAAAAGUGCUAAGUGUAAUAAACUUUGCGAAAAUGUCUUCGGAAAAAAAAAAACACACAAGAAGACAAUCAUAAGAGACAAAAAAAUAACUUGAAAUGGAACGUAAAAUCAUUAAAAAGCGAGAAGAAGGUGUAAGCGUGGCUAAUCUAGCGCGCACAUACCUUGGAGGAGGAAAAAGCAGAGCAUCAAUCGUCCAGCGCAAUAAGAGAAAUGUUAAAAGGAUGGGAAACUGUUGCAUCGUACAUUGAGAAGCAUUACCCUAAUAAGGAGGUGGCUAUUAGUGCUACAAAUUUAUUCAUGAGAUUUCAUGACUCAGAUAGUUAUUGCUAUCUGCAAGCUCUGCAAGUUUCUUACAGUGUGCCAUAAGAGGCCUUUAUUUGCUGUUUUAUAUUGAUUAAUGGGAAUAUAACGUGACUUAUAUCUAAAUGCUUCAGAGCCUAAAUUCUAAACAGCGCAGAGGAGCAUGAGAAGUCAAAGAACAAAAGACAGCCAAUGAUGGACAGGAAUCUGCAUGGACUACGUUUUUGAAUUGGCUGAACUCUUAAAACACAGGCUGAACUCUUAAAACACAGGCUGAACUCUUAAAACACAGGCUGAACUCUUAAAACACAGGCUGAACUCUUAAAACACAGGCUGAACUCUUAAAACACAGGCUGAACUCUUAAAACACAGAUGCUAGCCUUAGUGUCAACUCAUUGCUCAUUACCUCGCCUCGCUAGAACGUAUCAAAACAAAUCAUUCUUUUUUUUUUGGCAUGACUAUACUUAAUUGGUCAAAGCUUUCGUAAUCGUUAUGAGCACCGUGUACAUUAUAAAUGAACAAUUAAAUUCUUUACAAAAUUGUUUAAACUUUCAGUUACCUAUUAAAAAAUAAGGAAAAAAACCCGUAACUACCAACAAAAAAUUAACAAUACAAAUUUAAUAAAGGGGCUGUACACAGACAAAAACACAACAUCUAGAGAUAUUAUCUUACUAGAAACUAUGAUCCGAUGAUGUUCGGGUACAACUGUGAGGCAAAAUUCUUAAUCAUCUACAGCCUAUUAGAAAGUCUUUAUUUUGUAUGUUCAAGUGUCAUGUUAAGUCUAAACCUGUAUCAAAUAUAAAAUGACUUUUAUGAGUGACUCAUCCAAAACAUAUUUUACGUCAAUAACUUAGAUCAUUGCUGAAUUCGCUAAUGUACAUUAGAUAACUUACCCCAUAUAUUUGACAAUUUUCAUCUUAAUUUACGAAGAUAUUAUCAAAACAACUGUAUCGAUUACAUCAAGGAAAACAACAACACCAUUAUCAACAGUAAAAACAACGACAAGUAAGUUAUAUGUCAUGAUUAUGUCUCUUUUGAUAAAAAUUUUAUGUACAGCGCGGUGAGCCCAGCCCUAGGCUGGGGUACCGCGCCAUAUAAGACGUCUUAUUAUAUCAUAUAAAUACAAAAUAUGAUUUAAUUUUUUGGACAAGGACUUGAAUUUUGAUUAGCUUAGGCUUAUUCAGAAUGAUAUAGUUUCUUGUUGGUAAAACUUGUAUAUAUAUCUUGAUAUUUCUUACUGGAAGCUCUGAUCCGGUAAUUUUCAUAUACAACUGUGAGGCAUAUUGCUUUAUCAUCUACAGCCUAUUAGAAAGUCUUUAUUUUGUAUGUUCAAGUGUCUUGUUAAGUCUAAAUCUGUAUCAAAUAUAAAAUGACUUUAAAAUUAACGCCACUCAAAUAACUUAGAUCAUUGCUAAAUUCUCUAAUGUACAUUUGAUAACUUACCCCAUAUAUUUGACAAUUUUCAUCUUAAUUUACGAAGAUAUUAUCACAACAACUGUAUCGAUUACAUCAAGGACAACAAUAACACCAUUAUCAACAGUAAAAACAACGACAGGUAAGUUAUAUGUCAUGAUUGUGUCUCUUUUGAUAAAAUUUGUAUGUACAGCGCGGUGAGCCCAGUCCUAGGCUGGGGUACCGCGCUAAAUAAGACGUCUUAUUAUUAUUAUAUAUGUAUAUACAUAUUACGUAAUAAUAUAAAUACAAAAUUAAAUAUGAUUUAAUUGUUUGGACAAGGACUUGAAUUUUGAUUACCUUAUGCUUAUUCAGAAUGAUAUAGUUUCUUAUUUGUAAAACUUAUAUAUAUAUAUAUUGAUAUUUCUUACUGGAAGCUCUGAUCCGGUAAUUUGUCAUAUGCAACUGUGGGGCAUAUUGCGUUAUCAUCUACAGCCUAUUAGAAAGUCUUUAUUUUGUAUGUUCAAGUGGCUUGUUAAGUCUAAACCUGUAUCAAAUAUAAAAUGACUUUUAUGAGUGACUCAUCCAAAAAUAUAUUUUAAGUCAAUAACUUAGAUCAUUGCUAAAUUCGCUAAUGUACGUUUGAUAACUUACCCAUAUAUUUGACAAUUUUCAUCUUAAUUUACGAAGAUAUUAUCACAACAACUGUACCGAUUACAUCAAUCAAAACAAUAACACCAUUGUCAACAGUAAAAACAACAAGUAAGUUAUAUGUCAUGAUUAUGUCUCUUUGAUAAAAUUUUUAUGUACAGCGCGGUGAGCCCAGCCCUAGGCUGGGGUACCGCGCUAUAAAAGACGUCUUAUUAUUAUUAUUAUAUAUUUAUAUACAUAUUACGAAAUAAUAUAAGCACAAAAUAUGAUUUAAUUGUUUGGACAAGGACUUGAAUUUUGAUUAGCUUAUGCUUAUUCAGAAUGAUAUAGUUUCUUGUUGGUAAAACUUAUAUAUAUCUUGAUAUUUCUUAUUGGAAACUCUGAUCCGGUAAUUUUCCUAUGCAACUGUGAGGCAUAUUGCAUUAUCUUUUACGAUGUAUUAUGAAGUCUUGCUUGUUGUGAGGCAUAUUGCGUUAUCUUUUACGAUGUAUUAUGAAGUCUCGCUUGUGUAUGUUCAGGUGUUUUAUGAACUCUAAAAUUUGAUGAAAUAUCAAAUUUACAUGAAGUUGAAGCCAUACUUCUGACAUCGAAAAACAAUAUUUUACGUCCGUAACUUAGAUGAUUGCUAAAUACACUUAUGUAAAAUAUGAUAGUUUUACCCCAAUUAUUUAACUAUUUUUAUAUUUAUUUACAAAGAUGUUAUUACAACAACUGAAUCGAUUACAUCAAUGAACACAAUAACACCGGUAUCAACAAUGAAAAAUUCAACAGGUAACUUAAAUAUAUAUAUUAUAUAAUUUAUAUAGUAAAAUUUCAAUUUAAUUACUAUAUAGGUUUCAUAUCACAUAGUAACUAAGCAAAUUAUAUACUUCCAGGAGUUGAAGAGCCUUUGCUGUCACAACAGAAUAUUUAUAUCAUAUCAGCAGCAAGCAUCGGACUUUUGCUGCUAGUACUGGCUAUAGCGAGCAUAGUCGUUUGUAGAAGAAAAGGUUUGAAAUAA